AUGUCAUCUUCAUCAUCAUCAUCAUCUGGUUUAGAUGUUGAAAAAACUACUUGUAUAAACAUGGAUUUCGGUUUAUUUCGUAAUUUUUUAUCGAAAAAAAAACAACCACAAAUAUCAGAAAUAUCUACACCAAUAAGUGUAACAAAAAAUAUCCAUGUUUCUUAUGACCCAAAUACGAAUACAUUUCAUGGUUUACCGUGUGAGUGGGAAGAUCAAGUGAAAAAUUUAUUUGCUCAUUCCAAACCUGAAGACAAGGCGCGCGUUAUGACUUGUGCGCUUAAAGUGAUUCAGCAAACAAUCCGUGAAAGUCGUAACCAGACAAAACAUAUGCGUAUACAAGAUACCUUUCAUCCAGACGGAAUAUCAUAUGAGUCAGGUGAUGAAUUAAGUGAAACUGAAAGUGAUCUUAGAUCAUCAACAGAAAUACUCAAUGCUAGUGGGCCAUUUUCGUCACCAGCUAAAGAUGCUUUUGGUAAUCGAUCUGCCUCUAAAAAAUAUCCUCCUGGUUUCUCAUCUUCAAAUGGCAACGCCACUCCCUCUACGAAUUUUGUUGAAGAACUCAAACGUGCUACAACACGUCGUAAACAGAGUCUAGAAAUCUCUAAUGGAAGAUCUGACGAAGAAGAUAACUCACCAGAAUCUAGUACCUCAACUAAUUCUCGCCCUACUACACCAGUUGCAAAUCGACUUAGAGAAGUCGGCGUUAAUAAUCUUGUCUAUCAAAUCAAUCGUGAUACACUUGUCAAUGAACCACAUGAUAUCCUUCCAAGUAGCGGAAGUCCAGCGGUAUCAUCGAUAGCAAAAGUUGUUCCUGUUCAUCCUACCAUUCCACCUCCUAUACCAAGCCGUAAUCAUAUUAAUGAUGAUACUAUUGCAAAUAAUAAUAAUAAUAAUAAUAAUAAUAAUAAUAGUGGUAAAUACCGUAAACAAGCAGAACAAGCGCCUGAAUUACCACCAAAAACUGUUCGACUUUUGGCUACGACAGGCAAAGUUGCAUCUCCUAUUCAUCCAAUGAUACUCACAACUAAAACGAAUCCGAUUGUUAAUAAAGAAAAUCAUAAUGUCGCAACGCCAGAAUCAGAAUCGCUUUCAAAUCAAACCAAGCUUGUGACAAGGCAUAAAUCAAAAAAUAAUCGACGAAAAAUGACCGAAGAAGAAGCUAUUAAAGAACUUGAACCAUAUGCUGCUAAGGAUGAUCCUAUGUCAAGAUUUAUCAUAAAGAAAAAACUUGGUUCAGGAGCUGCAGGUGAUGUUGACUUGGCACUCGAUACUAAAACAAAUACAAAAAUUGCUAUAAAACGAAUGCUUUGGUCAAAACAACCACGAAAAGAAUUGAUUGUUAGUGAAAUUCGUGUCAUGAAAGAUUGCCGAUUUCGUUCUAUUGUUAAUUUUCUCGAUUGUUAUUUACGGCCGAAUGAAUUAUGGAUUGUAAUGGAAUAUAUGAAUGGUGGACAACUAACGCAAAUGGUCGAACAGACCAUACUUGACGAAGGUCAAAUGGCUGCUGUUACAAAAGAAUGUCUUGAAGCACUUCAAUUUCUACACAGUAAAAAUAUUAUUCAUCGAGAUGUUAAAUCAGACAAUGUUCUUGUUGGAUUUGAUGGUUCAGUAAAAUUAACUGAUUUUGGUUUUUGUGCUCAAUUAGCCAAUACCGAAAGUUUACGAACAACAAUGGUCGGAACACCCUAUUGGAUGUCACCAGAAGUGAUUAAAAAACUUAAAUAUGAUCGAAAAGUUGACAUAUGGUCACUGGGGAUUUUAAUGAUUGAAAUGAUUGAUGGGUCACCACCAUAUAUAAAUGAACAACCAUUUCGUGCUAUGUGUAAAAUAGCAAUGCAAGAAGAGCCACCAACAAUAACUGCUGAAUCGCAAGCACGCAUAUCAGCAGAUAUAAUGAAUUUUCUCAAACGUUGUCUCACAAUUGAUCCUCAACAACGUGCGGAUACCUAUGAACUUCUUCAGCAUCCUUUUAUAAAACGUGCAAAACCUCUCUCAUCACUUUGUCCUAAUAUAAAAGCUGUCUGUAAAAUUGAUACUGAUUAA